AUGGCCUCCCUUCUCGUCGCAGCGCUCUUGCUGCUUAGUCGCGGCAGCAAGGCUGCAAGAACCGACCCCUUCAAUCGAACUCAUGGAUUCUGUAAACAGCUGGAUAUCCCAGUGUUUGCCACCGCGGAUAGCGCAAUCUAUGACAUACCGAGGGUGGACAGCAACAUCGAAGCGAGAGCCUGGGCAAUAUACUCCGAUACCUGGAGCACUCCAAGAUACGACCAGAGGGUCAUCAAGAACACUACAACUUCUGGUACCUUCAACAUCCAUGGCCAGUUGUGUGUUCCCAAGUCUGUCAACAAGAAAAAGGACAUUCUGCAGAUUGCCACUCAUGGAGUCCAUUACGACUCCAGAUAUUGGGAUCCUGAACUGGACCGAGAGAAACUGUCUUAUGUCGAAGCAACACUCAAGGAAGGCUAUUCCGUCUUCACAUACGAUCGCCUUGGAGUUGGUGAAUCUGAUAAACCAGACGCGUAUGAUGUGGUUCAAGCGCCUCUGGAAGUGGAAAUACUUCGACAACUCACCUUGAUGGCUCGCAAUGGCACCCUGUAUAGCUUCGCUAAACGCGCAAAACCUACCGUUGCAGCAUUCAACAAGGUCGAAAAGCCAAGCAAGGUCGUACACGUUGGACACAGUUUUGGGUCCGUUCUCACUUCCGCAUUCAUCGCCAAGUACGGUGACCUCACUGACGGAGCAAUCAUCACCGGCUACGUUUAUAACCAAUUCCUCGGCAAAAGCGGGAUGGCAUCGUGGGGUGUUGACUACGCCGCCACGAGUCGUCCCCCCUUCAGCCGAACAAGUGGUUACGUUGUGUGCCAAAAGAGUGGCAUCCAGAACCUUUUCUUCGCUGGCGAUACUCACACUGCGUACACAAAGAAGAUGUUCGAAUAUGGAGAUGCCAUUAAGCAGCCGGUCCCGGUCGGGGAACUCGCCUCUGCUUAUCAUGUCCUGCAGCUCCCGGGCCCUUCUCUCAAAGCCCCAGUACAAUACAUGCUGGCUGAGUUUGACUUUUACAUCUGUGGCGGUGACUGCAAGGGAAUAUUCAACGCCACAGCUGCUAAUAUCACUUACCCCAAUGCCGCUACUAUCGAGUCCUACAUCCAGCCGAACACUGGCCAUGCUUUUACCCUCCACAACAACGCUUCUGCUGGCUACCAGGUCACCUUCGAUUUCUUGACCAGAAAUGGACUUUAAUUUAUUUGUCGGACUUGCUGUUGUGGUUGGAUUAGUGUCUUCAACAGGCACCUCAUGGCGGUGUUUCAGCGCAAAUUCCGAUACAGGAAAAGCUUUGUGUGGAAUUCUGCUAUGAUGUGCUGGUUAAGAGAGCAAGAGACACAGUGUCAUAGUAUAGCACCAGACUAGGCGGUCAAACGUAGCUACCCCACGUACGUUUUAAAUUAACAUCACCUAUUAUGUCUGUU